AUGUCUAUGGCGACUGUGGCCUUGAAGGCGUUAUAUGAAGUUUUGCCCAGGAUGAGUCCCAGACAGUCUGUCGAUGUCUUCUGGCUCUUCUGCUUUUCGGCUUCGCAUCCGCGGAAGGUCCUCCGCGAGGAGCUGGUGAUGAUGCGGCACGGUGCCGAGGAAGUUGAUAUGGAUGUGGUAAUGGUGAUUACACCCUAUGAAAUCCGUACCAACGUUGAAGGUGUGGCCAAUCGCCUGCGUGACUUGGAGGAAGAAGUCCAUGCUUUGGCACAGCGAUCCAGCUCCAGCUCUGAGGCCUUUUCUCCACAAGCGGCCCACACCGCCGCCACCUCCCUGCGCAGCGAAGGGAUCAACGGGAUCGCCUGUGGCGCCACCGCCCCCUGCGCCCCCAGGAGGUUUGGUCCAUUGGACGUGAAUUUGAAACCCACCGACCAGCUGAGACCGUUGCUUCCCACCUGGAAUCCGCCACCCACACGACGGCCGGAAGCACAUGAGCUGGAAGUGAGCACCCGGCUGCGAUUUUUGUUCGAAGAACGCUGGUGGGCAGCCACGGUGAGAGAGGCUUACGAGACAGAGGUCCGCGUGGGCUUUGAUGGUUGGCCCAGUCGCCAUGAUCAGAUCUUGCCACGAAACACAGAUUUACUGUAUCUGCACGAGUCGGUCCACCCCGACUAUGUGGCGCCACCAAAGCCGCAGCGCUUUCAACGCCCCACGGUGGAUGCGGAGGGCAAGGAGAUUCCAACGCUGCGGCAGCCGCGGCCGAAGGUUUAUGACCCGGAAAAGGAGAGAAUGAAGAGAGCAUUGAGGCCUCCGAUGCCUUUCAACCCGGAGAAGGAACGCUUGAAACGGUUACUGCGUCAGCAAGUCUCAGAGUGA